AUGCUCGCGCUGCUUGUCGAAUGGUUUGUCGUGCAGCUAUCCUCACUCUUCUCGUCGUGGUCGGAAGCUGGGAACAAACCCGACACCGUCGAAAAGCUCUUAUCACGCAUAAACCAUAGCAGCGUGCGAGACCAGGUCAUCAAUGCCCUUCUCGCAUCUACCUCGGCCAGAGACUCACCUUCGCAAGCUGAUGAUGUCUCUAUCCCCUCAAAUGCCCCGUUCGCCUAUACGACCGACAGCAACGGUGAUCCUCGUCAAAGCCUUGAACCCGGAGAUGGUCAGACCAAUUCUGCGGCAGACGGGCCCGAAAAUCAACAGGCUCUGGAAGCGCCUUUCCGCAACUGGGGAGCCAAGGUCAAUAACCUGGGGAGCACCACCUCCCGACAGAAUUCAGAUCGAUUGCAUUUGCCAGUGGCUUUCCGCCUACCAUAUGGCAAAGAUGCUAUGGAUUCAGUGGCUAAGCGCCUAACAAAUUAUUUCAGCCCUCGAAAGACUCUGCAGAAGGACUGGCAUUACUUAGCUGCCCAAUCGGUGAACAGCACAUUCAGACUGGAAAAGGGUGUCUGUGAUCCUAUCACUGCCCGGCUAAUUGAUGAGGAUGAUGUAUCGCUGUAUUUUAAGCUGUUUUUAGAGCUGCGUAACCCUUUCGUCGGGUUACUGGAUCCUCUCCUCCAUACCCCCGACUAUGUCUAUUCUAUGUCUUUCACACUGUUCUCCGUUGUUUGUGCCCUUGGCUGUGCGGUAUCAACCCUUCCUCGGGAUCGCGUUGUCUACCCCGCCCUGUUUACUUUGGCCGAAGGAUGCCUGAAGUGGUCCAUCGCGUCGUCUGUGAAGUCGAUUGAAACGAUCCAAGCCAUAAUUAUCAUGCAGUAUUGGGCUCCUGUUCACCAGAAGCAAUCGGAUGAUCCCUACUGGCUUCAAGUGAAUCAUGCCGUACGACUCGCCAGGGAGAUUGGAGUAGAUAAAGCCACCGUCGUCACCGAACAUCUCAGUGCUCUACCGCCUUCUACGGGUACGGACACAAAAGAGCGUAUUUUUCGGAACUUUGAGAGAACGUGGCUAUAUACAUUCAUCGCCGAUAAAAGCUUCGGUAUCAUAAAUGGACGGCGACCCCUAAAUGUUUCGAGGCACGAACUCCCUGUGUCAGCAACAACGUGGUGGCAACAUCCGAUGGCCACACCCCAUGACCGGAUGAUCAGCGGCAUCAUAGAGAUCAGGGUACUCCUGAUGCAUGCAUUGGAAGAUCGACAACGGUCGAAGAAUGACGUGACAUCCAUAUCAAAUUGGCAUUUACAGGCCCUCCAGACAUUGGAACAAGCCCGCGAUUCCCGAUGUUCUCAUGAUGGUGAUCCAUCGUCCAAGUACCUUCCUAUUCUCGCAUUCUACAUGGAUCACAGCAUCCUAAUCCUCAAUGCCCAAGCCGCCGCGGCAUUAAGGGGCCUUGAUGGAGGUACGGCUUCGCCCGAGCUUCGAAGCGUCUUGCAAACAAGUGUCACCGUUGCGAGCCACCUGAUGGAUAUUGUGCUCUCUGAACAGAUCAUGUUCGAUCUCAAGUUGGGCUCCCACAAUAAUCUGUUCAUCAUCAUCUGUCAUGCAGCCACGGAAAUCAUUUUUGCCAUUAAAUGCGACGGCAUUGCGUCGACCAGCGUUGCCGAACUGGCCGUCAAAAUGAACGCAGUACUGGAACAGCUGGGAAGCGUAGCGGGAGGGCUUCCAGCUUCAUCUGCCGCACACCUUUACCUAGACUUCUUCUGGUUUCUGAUGUCUCGAUUUGACGACGCUGUUAGCAACGAUAACCAUCAAAAUCCACGAAGUGAAGCUGGCGACGACACCUUGUUCCCCGACUGGUACAGGGUAUUCGACGAAUCCUCGAUGGAUUUGACCGGUUUUCUUGAUAACGACGUUCUUGGCUGGGAUCAACCUCUGUUCAGCCACUGUGACUUUGCCAACGAAACGUGCUGA